GGCACACUUCCUCGACUGACUCGUGCAGGACAAGCACAGGUGGAUGGGACUGGUGGAUUUCCUACGUGCAGGUUAGCUCUUCCUGUGCAGCAAACUACUGCUGUUAGCCUGCCCAUUGGACCCACUGCCCUGCAAGAAAGCUCCCAGAAGAAGCUGACAGCGAGCCCCAUCCCUGACACAGUCCAUGGGGACUGUACCACAUCCCCUGGGACCUGCCAAGCUCUCCUUGGUCACUGCUUCUGAGGAUAAGGACCACCUGGGAGACCGGCCACCUGCUAAGCAGCAGCCUAAGGCUCAUACUGCAGAGAGGACCAGCAAUGGCUUCCCCUGCACAACACUUAGUUCUGCGGCCUCUUGCACCUGUGACCUGAAGCAUACCGACACCCAGAGGCCUGAGGAUGACAGCGUUCUUCCUGGGCUCUCCAGCCAGGCUGCAGAGGGCCCUCAGGCAGAGGUAGAGCCAACCCCAUUGGCAGUGGCCUGCUCAGCAGGGUGCGGGCCUGACAUGAUGCCGGCUCCACAGAGCUCCCAGCAGUUCAUGCAGGGUGGCCAGAUGAAGGUGAAUGCUCUGGUGCAGGUGGAGGACUCUGCCAUGAAGGCUCAGAGGGCUGAGGAGCAGCCAGUGCUCCAGGUAACCCAGUGUUCUUCCCCAAGCAGCCCAGCUGGGGGCAAUGAGUUCAAUCCUGCUUCUCAGGCAAGUCUUCUGCAAAGAGGGGAAACAGGUGGGAAAGCAGAAGAGGCUGGUGCUCAGCCUGCCUCUCCAGCAAAGGACACAACCACUGAUCCUGCGAGGGACCCAAAGGAGGCUGUGGAUGCAAAAAGAAGGGCUGCAGGCGCUGAGCAGCUGCAUCCUACUGAUCAAACUGAGACAGAGCAGAGCAGCCAGUCAUCAACCCAGCUCAGCCGUGAGGGGACACAUCCUGUAUGUGAUGCUGGUGUUGAGCCAGGGAACUUGGGCCCAACCCAUCUGUCCAAAUUCAGAGAAACGGGUACAAUGACAGUUCAGUCAGAAUGCAGCACUUUAACUCAGGAAGCAGCAAGCAGGACGUGGAGAGAUGCUGAGGUUCAGGCUGUGGCUACUGUGGAGAGCAAAUCAGCUUCCACUAGCCCCAGCAUCCUUGCUGCCUUCUUAAAGGGGAAUCCUCCUCCCGAGGAUAAGGAAGAGCUGCACAUCAUUUACAAAGAUAGUGGGGGACUGAGCCAGUCUAAGCUUGUUGACAGCUUCUCUUCACAACAGAAAUCCCCGUGUUCUCCUGGUAUUGUGCUGAAAUCAACCGUUGGUAUGGCUGUGGCUGCUACAGCCCAAAGCCAGCCUGCUGAGCUGCCUGGAGUCUCACCUCAUGCGGUGUCCCCAGCUUCAGCAGACAAUGCAGAGCCCACCCUCCCCUUGUUCUCAGCAGCUGCCACCUCGCAAGGGAUGCCUGUGGAUGCAGCAAGUGGUGGUAAGGGCAAUGCUGUACUGCCAAUGGAUGCUGCAGCCCUGCCAAAGUCAGUGCCCGCUGAGCAGCUCAUCAUUCGUUCCCGUCAUCAGCCUGCAGCUGGUGAAGAAAACACUGCUUCUGCUGCCGGAACUGAGAACAAGGUGCAGUGUCUUGUCCACGAAGCAGGGAGCAGCCAGUUACCUUCGCUCUGUCACUCACAGGGUGAAACCAAGCAGAAUGAAGAAGCCCUGAGCAUCUCUGAGCAAUGUCAGGGUACAAAUAAAGCGGAGGCGAUUCCUCAAUCUGCAGCAAAAUCGAAGGAGAAAAACUUGAUGGUGCCGGAUGCCCAGGGAACGGUAAACACAAGCUCUGAGCCCAUCAGCAGAAAGGCUCACACAGGGGAGGCAGGUGGGGAGCAGCAGAGCAGAGGCCAAGGAGAGGCAAGGCAGGCUGCAGGGGCCAGUGGGCUGCAGGAGGGAGUGACAGUUGUGCCAGGCUGCAGCUCUGGACGUGUCAGCCCUCACCCAGAAGCUUCGGCAGCUCCCCAGCAGCAGGGCCUUCAGGCCAAGGAGACUAGGCCUGAGAUUCAUGCCACGACUCGUCCUUCUUCAGCUCAGUCUUUGCCAAACCAUGGGGAAAGCAAGAAGCAGCCCACCCCAGCCAUGGAGGCAAAAGUGCAGGUGAAACAAUCCAAACACAUCAGGGAUGUUGUCUGGGAUGAGCAAGGCAUGACGUGGGAGGUCUACGGUGCUUCCCUCGAUCCCGAGUCCCUGGGAAUCGCUAUCCAGAACCACUUACAGAGACAGAUACGAGAACAUGAGAAACUGAUCCGGGCUCAGAACAGUCAGAACCGGAAAUCCAUUUCCUCGGAUACGUCCUCAAAUAAGAAACUGAAAGGGAGGCAGCAUAACGUGUUCCAGUCCAUGCUGCAGAAUUUGAGGCGUCCCAAUUGCUGUGUCCGACCCGCUCCGUCAUCUGUGUUAGACUGAAGCGGUCCACAGGGGUGGGUAGAUGUCUGCAGAUGUAGCAAGAAUCCCUCCCCCUGAGUCUCGAGUCCUGCUGUUCAGUUGUGUCAUUGGGGUUGCAAGGCAGCAACAGUGGAAGUUAUUCCCCUUUGUUUUUUGAGUAGACACUCUCUCCAUCACACCUUCAUCACCGCCAUAGCUGGUGUAUUUCCACAUGGCGCCCCAUCCCGAUCACUGUCAGAUAAGAGCUAGGCACUUAGCAAAAGCACAAAUAUGAAUUACCACCUUGCUGCAGGGAAUGCAGCAACUUCUGAUAAAGCUAGAAGCAGAGAGAUUAUCAGGAUGAUUGUCAGAAAUUAUUGGUAUACAUCACAAGGUCUUACGCAAAGGAAAAUGCUGGGGGGAGCUGGAUGAGGUGAAACUAAGGUUAACAGCUGUAGACGCCUAGAGCAACACAACCUUCCUCAUGUUUAAGUUGCCUACACUGAGGCAUGUCCAUGAGAAGGUUACGGAUGCUGAUCACUGGGCAGACGUACUCCUGUUGAUGCUGUGGGGCUCAGAUUAGGUGAGCCUGAGAGAGCUGGUUCUUUUCCCAAUGAAGUGGAGAACCAAGGAAAGAAUGAAGACCAGUGCUGCAGGAUUCUCUCUGGGAGAAGAAGUUGAGUAAAAUAGGAUUUUGAUGAGAGGAUGAGAGAGGUGUGAGUAUGCUUGCAAGCAGGUGUUGCCUUCAUGUUGGGCCAGACAAGAGAGCGCACGCAGCCAGAUUUCCUGGCAUACCAGGUGCCAGCCCAGCAGCCACAUGUCACUCUCAGCCUCCAGCAGUUCUGAACACUGUUCCUGUAAAGCACUUUUUAAAGUGGUGUCGGUCUUUUUGCUCUCUUCAGAGAUGCAUAGUGCUAUGUUAGAGUAGGAGCAGGCUGAGCCUAGGUCCGUGAGCCCAAGUGUUUCGUGUGUUACGCUGCUCUGAUUUUUUUUCCUUGUAAGUCCUUAUGUGAAUCUUUUUUUUUUUUUUUUUUUUUUUUUUGCAGUAUUCUGGUGCUUUUCUUGCUGCCUUUCAUAAACUUGAUAUCAUUUAUUUAGCCUGUGCUUUCCUUGUUUCGCCUAAUGCUUUCUAUAUUAUAAACCCUUAUAGAUAACUUGAAACAUUUACUUUAUAGAAGUACUGAGAUCUUGAGACAAUUUUUAGUGUAUUUCUAAUAUUAGAGAAGUUGUAGAACCUGCUAAUAAGAGGUAGCUUAGUGACUGUUUCUCCAGGACUGUGGUAUAUAAUAAUGUCUCAAAUGAACAUUUUCACAUAUCUCAGCUUAAUAUUUUACAGCCUGGGAGAUCUGUUUCCCACCAGCUUUUUAUUCUGUCCGCUAGAGUUCAGGGGAGCUGGGGAACUCCUGCAGUUUGUAGAAAAUAUAGUUUUCAAUUCUGCAAAGCACUGGGGAUUUGGAUAUUGUAAUCCUGCAGAGUACUACAGUUAAAUAGGAGUUAUUUUUUAUUCCAUUUAGGAUUUUUCACAAAUCAUGAUGAUAAUUUAUUUGUCUGUAGUACUAUACAUCAGACUUACUCUGUAGAUCUUAGAUAUGUUAGUAUCCUUUCUUAUCUUUUUGUCUAUGAAGUAGCCCUGAGGUGGUCAUCUUUUAUUUAGAAGACUAGAUUUUCUGAGUGUCAACUGCCAAGACUUCAAAGCAGCUGUUGAGGCACCUUUUCCCCAACUAUGGGAUAAAACACUGUAAGGUUUUAUAAUGGCCAAUAUUUUAAACUCAUUCAAUGAAAGCUGUUGGCUUGGCAAUGAAUUGACUCCUAAUUUUCCUCUGGUCUGUAUUUGGGACUCUGUGGCACCUCCUCAUUCCAUUUCUGUGCAUUAUUUCGUCUCCCACUUGAUGCUGAAUUAUUGAAUCUGAAACGCCACAUCAGAGUGUCUUCCCACAUCUACUAGGAGGAAAGUCUUCUGUCUUUUUGUUAGUACUGCUGUUCACAUCACCUUCUUGGCAGUGUCUGAGAUGUGAGUUUCAUGUGAGAUUUUGUGUGGGAUUAAUAGCAGCAGUGUCAUUAGGCAAGGUUAGUUGAUGAGUUCAGUGUCUCUUACCAUGUUGUGUCUGUGUCAGGCUCAGAAUCCCAGAGUUUUUGGCAGUUUUUGCUGUCUCCUGUCCAGGUCCAAGACUUUGUGUAGCUCCUUCUUAACGCUUUUACCUUCUGCCUGCUCCCUUUUAGCUGCUACCUGUCCUGUUCUCCUGUGAAACCGUGCCCCUUGGCUGAGCUCACAUCCCUUCCCAUUACAGCACUGUGAUCCGACACGCUCUGAACUGUCCCUAUACAAAUGUCCUCUUCUAGAGAAUAAACAGCUAUCAUGCAUUCACCAAAUUCCAUGAACUUUAUCCUUUAGCUCAAGCACUCCAAAAUGUUUCUAGAAUGUGGGUAUGAAUGAUUUUAUUGAGGCUGAACUGAGCUUAGCAGUGUGUGAGCACUGGAGUUAACACUUCUUCAGGAAGAAUCUCUGGAUCUCUGGAUACCCUGCAGCUGCUUCCAGCCAGGAGUCUUCACCAGUUGCUCUACCCCUUUUCCCUACCCAGCAAUCUUUCUUCCAGGAAAAUUUCACCAAUACAGACAUACAGCAAAACGUUGCUGGGUAGAUAACCAAGUGGAUGCAUCUAAACAACUACAUGGGCAUAGCUGGAAAAAGCGUGGUGGUCAGCAGAGCAUUGUGCUUUUGCACUCUGUGAAAAUACUUGUGCACAGACAAAUGCAAAAUGUCAGCAAUGCAGAGCUCCUGCAGGCAUGCAUUUGAAGCCAAGCAAUAAUGUGCCAAAACAGACACACAAAAAUGAAUCGAUAAUCACCAGCGCAUCUCAUGUAAAAUAUUUUGUGUUUCUACUUUGCCCUCCUAGGGCAGACUGUAGGCAACCUGGUAGCUUAACACUGGCAAUUUAUGGUUUCUUGUGCUUACAAUAUCUAGAUGAUGCUGUGAACCCUCAGAUGGAUGAUGUAUGUUUAUCGGAAGGAAAACAAAACCAUGUUUUGGGUAGCAAUUAGCAAAUUUGUUUGUGAGUGGUCUUUUAGCAGCCAAGAAAGACUGUUCUUGGUGUUGUAUCAGCGUCAAAAGUAAAAAUGUGUUUGUAGUAUAUGUCAGAGUGUAUGGGGAGAUGAUCCAUGUGCCUUCAUCCUGCUCAUCUUCCCUGCCCUGUGACUCAGCAUCACAGAGUGUUGGUUGAAUAGUUAACAACCAAGGAAAUCCGUUUGGGAUAAUAAAAAAAAGGGUACAAAACAAAAAUUACUUUGUCAUUCUCAAGAGUAAAUCUGUAUAGGGAAAAACAAAAGCAGAGGAACUGUGUUGCAGCCUGACCAGUUAAAGUAGCUUUUAAAUUCAGUUUGUUGGAAGACGAGACAAGGGAAACAAGUUAAUUGUCAGGAAACAUCUCUGUCAGAGCUUCUGGAGAGACUGGUAUGGCCAGAGCCAAGACCAGAACAGUUAUUGAGAAUGCAAUGUUUACUUCUGUGUUUCAGUGUUUCCAAUACAAAAGCUGAAUUGGAGGAGAAUCCUGUUGUAGGCAGUUUGCAGCCUGGCCUGGGUUUCACUUGAGGCCAUGAUGACUCCCGCUGUCUGUGCACUUGGUUGAUGUCUGCUGGCUUCAUGUUGGCUUGGGCACAAGUGUCAAAGUCUUGCUUCAUUUAUGUUGACUUGUUACUCCUGACCUCUGCUGGCUUAGAAAAAACAGAGUGAGGAAUCUGGAGACGGGGAGGAAAAUACUCGUCUUCCCCAUUUCGGAGGUAGGAAACCUUCCUUGGAACAUUUAAGAAGGAAUUACUGAGAAAAUUGAGGAAGGAAAGACCAAAUGAAAACUAAAACAUAGCUGAUAUGCAUUCUUCAUGGAGGUAUUUCUGUGUCCUUAGAGCCAAUGUUUUGCUUAAUUCUUGCAGUUAUCCCCACUUGUUCAUUCUGAGCUCACACAUUUUUAUGUUCUAAGUGUCCCAUGGCUAUUAGGAAAGUGAACUUUUCCAAAAGCUGUAUAUUUUGCUAGUGUGUAUAGAUAUAUGCAAAUAUGAUUCAAUAAAACUGAUCUUAUAAAGUAACUGGUGAUACCAGUAGGUGAACAAGCUCCAUUUAUUACCACUGCUACCAUGUAAGAGCUUGGAAAAUGCACUGUUUGGAGAAAUACCUUCAAGGGAUUCAGAAAAAGGAAAUAUAUGUUCUAAAGAUAAUCCAGGCUUUUAUCUUGAGUGUCAUGACUGCUUUGAAGUGUUACAGUUAGAAAUGGAAAUGCAAAUAAAAAUCAGUGUUGAAGUUGAUGGAAAAUUCCUUUUGGACAUUUGGUGGAAUCUACCAUAUCAGUGUUUUACAACUUAGCAAAGUUUUUAUAAAUGUAAAAAUAUAAAACUAAAAAUCUUGCUAGUUUAUUAGGCUGAUUCUUCAUUGCCUUGUUCCAUAUCUCUUCCUUUACACCUUUUAAAAAUGAAUGCAGAAGGUUACCAACGCAGAGUAAGCCUUUUGCAGUCAGCCUAUGGAGAUGACAGCUCUGAAUGCAAGAUAAGUGUUCAUCAAGCUCCAAGGUCUAGAGCAAUAUAGAGCCUCUUGCAGUCAGUGUUUCAGUUCCAUCAUUUAGAAAGGUAAGGGCUAUAUUCUGGAAGAAACCUUCCCGUCCCUUUUUUUUUCUUUUUUCUGUUUUAGUAGCAUCUCAGUCUUUGUUCAUUUAUUUUUUUAGUGUAUUAUUAUUAUUAUUAUUAUUAUUAUUUUUAAUCUGGUUGAUGUUUGUGUAAGUGGUCACUGGUCACUGUUUUCAGAGUUAUCCCAAAGGGAUGCACAUACUUUCCUAUCUAAAUGCUGCACACUACCAAGUAUCUCCAGAGUCAUGGGGUACUGCAGUGACUAGUGGGCUUGAAGAUCAAGUCCUGCACAUUGGAAUGGCUGAAAUGUUCUAAUAGGGGCCUAAAUUUCAUUAUCCCACCUGAGUUAGUGUAGCUAUUUAAAAGAAAGAAGCAUGAACUGGUCCAAAGUGAAAUGAACAUCAUUCAUUUUUUUGAAGCUCCGAGAUAUAAUAAUUUGUCUGCUGUUUUCUUUCCUGAGCACCUCUUCUUUCACAGCAUUUAUAAUGUGGAUUUUGAAUCAAAUCUUGGAAGUAAAGAUUUUGUUAUGUGAAACUUAUCUUUCAUCAUUCAAGAUUCUUUAAAGAAGAAAUUGAUAGAUCCCAGCCAUGCAGAGAGGAAAUAUUUUUUUCCUCUAAGAAAGUUUGCUGUAAGUGUAGCUUGUAUGUGCUCAUGUAUGUGUGUGUACGUUUGAAAGAGCUGUACACAUGUGUAAGGCUCAUGCAUUACUGAGGUUUUUUUUUCCUUUGCCAUUUCUAAUUGAAUGCUGGAGGCUCAACAUUUUCCACAAAUUUAAGGCAAGUUUAGAUCACUCUGCAAUAGUGAGUAGAAACAAGGAUUUUAUCUAGUCUCUAAAUUAAUUCCCGGAACUCCAACUACAAUUGGCUGAACUCUGUAUUGAGACUGUCACCAAAAACACAGUGCCUGGAUGUACUUCAGAGCUCUGUGGAAACCGAUACUUCUGUAUACAAAUGGGUUUCUUCACAAAGAUUGUGGGUGACAGCAGGCAUCUGAGCUCAUUGGGGACAGAAUUAUAUGAGCUGAGUCGCUUUGAGGUUUUCUUAUGUUUCUGCUUAGAGUGAUAACCUCUGGCAUAGAAAUAAAUGACAGCUCUUCCAGCAAAGUCUCCAGCAGUUGUAUACUGCAAAAUACAAGUCUGUCAAAUACUUCUUGGCAACAUCACUACAACUGAUCCAUUUGUUAGGGGAUUCUCCCCAAAACACAUCCCAUGUCUCAGUUUGUAAUGAAUAGUUUCAAGUACAUUAAACCCAGGUUUAGAUGCUGCCACGAGAAGUUUCAGUAAUGGGAAAAAAAAGUCCAAGUGUUCCUGGUAAAUAAAAUCAAGUCUCAGGUCUGAAGUUAAGGUCUCAGUAGCACACUGGAAAGGGAUGGGAGUUUGUAUACAGAGCUGAAGGGAGAGAAGAUGAGUGAACUCUGAAUUCCUGGCUGUUGCACCAUAAAAAGGAUGGCCAAAAUCAGUCAGCAAAAGAAGAAAAACAGUUUUGUGUUUCUAAUGAUGACUAAUACUAUUGUGGCUUUAUUUUUAUAGUUUUACUGACUGAACGUGAUGUAUUGUACAAAGUAAAGCUAGUUCUAGGCUUCCAGAUGUACCGUAGCAUUUAUUUGAGACAUACCAACAGAAGUCUGCAUGUGAAGAAGUCGUACGAUGAUAUAAAACAAUGUUACUCGCCUGAUUUACUUCCUUAGGAAUUUAAUGUUUUGCUGUUUUACAUUUUCUGGUUUCCAUGCUGAGUACAAUAAAAUGAACACUGUCUUAAUUAUUCUGGGUCUC